AUGGAUGAAGAAGAGCUCGAGCCCACGCUCGUAGGCGAUGCUGUGGAAAGCUUCAUCGCUGCAGCGGGUGCUCUGGGAGCAGGUCCCUCUGUGCCUGUCGACCACACUGCGCACUCAGGAGCUCCACAAGCCGAAGCAGAUGUCUGGGGCACUCGCGACGACGAAGACGGGUGGAUGCCUAAGCCUGCGCGGCUUCACUCGGGCAGGACGCAGUGCUGCGCCGUGUGCGCUGCCCCUUUGCAGUACACGUCAGCCACCAGUUGGGAUGAGUAUCUGCAGAGCGAGGAGCAUCUUGACCAGCUGCAGGCCAAUGUGCUGCAGGACGCUUUCAUCUCGUCCAUAAUUUGUGGCGAGACCACAGCGGGCGAUUUGCCGACAGAGCAUAGAAUGCACAAGAGCAGAAAGCUCAAGUGCAGACAAAGCGUGACAGAUUACAUGAACAUGACGAGUGCGGGGGUUAUGGACGCGUCCGGGAUGGAGAAAGGCUCUGUUCGGACAUUGGAGGAGAUGCUCGUUGAGGCCCUACCCACGCCAGUAUAUACGCACGUGCUGGAGAGACGACUCGCUGUGAUUUCGCACAGUGUCAAAGUUGCCCGUGAGCUCAUGAGUCGUGACAAAGCGAAGAAGAUGUCGCGCCCGGCGGAAAAAGCGCCAGGCAACGAAGAGUUGCACCAUUUGGCCAUCCAUACGUUGUCCGCGUUGUUGGGAGCUUUUGAUUACAAGAACCCGCAAGCCUUGCGACCGUUUAAGGAACUGUCGCAGCUCUUGACAUACUUCCCCGUGCUUUCGUUGUACACGUUCUGGAGUCCAAUGAAGAAACCACCAGAAACAGUGUUGACGCUGGGCAAGGAAGCGGUAAGCGCGUCGUCAGAGACAGUAGGUUCUGAAGCGCAUGAAGCACAUUGUGCAGUGAACGGGGUGGACAAUACAUACUGGCAGUCGCAAUCGAAUCCAGGAACUGUGUACUUUGGGCUGAGGACGACCGAGUUGGCGAAAGCGACUUCGAUCUCUAUUCACUGGCACAUGAAGUGCGUCCCUCAAACCGUUGGUCUUCAGUAUCGUCUUGAGGGUAGUGAUCAUUUUGUUCAAAUAGUAAAGGAUCGAACGGUCUCGCUGCCCGGACCUACGGUGAUUGAAACAUGUGUUCCAGUGUGCUGUCGGGAAGCUCGAAUUGUCAUGGCGGGUGCUUCGCCAGUGAAUGGUAGUGGUACAUACGCGAUUGAGCACUUGCGACUUACCAAGUCUGCGCCCAGCUCUCUAUUUGCAGAUCCCAUCGUAACAAUAAAUGCCAUUGCCGAUUGGCUUCUCGGUACAUUAAGUACUGCCAAUGAAGUCAUGAUUGCUGAAGCUUUGGAGGCACUAAGAGCAUGGGCUUUAUCGACAGCGUCACUGAAUGUCACAUUGCUGUUUGCCGAUAUGCUACUGGAACUUCAUGCCGACGAAAAGAAACUUCUUAGGUCUCAGGUUGUAGCGCUUGCGUCAGAACAAGGACACCUCUUGCUGAACGGAAUCAACGCAUAUCAUCACGACAGGUCGCAGCGGGAGACGCACGGCGAAGCAAAGGUUGACCACGAUGAAGUUUGCAACGUCGACGCCGUUUUUGAGUCAUCUAGUAGCUCUGCCGGCGUAGCUAUCGAGCAGGAUGGUCUUGUUGUCAGAACCCGAGAAACGAGAUACCAAUAUGCAGCUGUGAAUUGCGGAAUAACUACUGGCAAGGCGUCGUGGAGGUUUCGUCUUGAUGCUGACACACAGGACGACGAAAUGACUUGCUUUGGAGCUGCCAUUCUUCCUGUGACCGUGAACGGAUAUGAUUCGUCACCCAGUUUAUGGAUGUUACGAGGGUAUAACGGCAAUCUGUAUGCUCGUGGGCACAAGCUAAGCCAAACGAUUGGUAAAGUACACCCUGGCGAUAUUGUUCAAGUCGAUGUCGACAUGAGUGAAGGUACGCUAGCGUACAAAAUUAAUAGUACCGACUAUGGCGUCGUCUUCAACGAUCUUGCUGGACACGAAAUACACCCUGCUGUCUCAUUUUACGGCUCGGGAAAAGUAGUGACGUUGUUAGAAGUUACAAAGUGGGACUACCCUAGCGACUUAGCUAACGCGAAUCUGGUGUUUUUAUCGAACAUACGAGAAUACCAUUUUUCUGUUGGGUACGGAACGUUGGGGAAGAGCAAUCAGCUGGGAUGUGCUGAUAAUGGGGAUACGAGUGCGUCUCCGGACAACGACACACCGACUUCGAGAAGCACUUUGAUUUCCAUCAACGGCGAGGAUAAGCAGCACUGUUUGUCGACAUGCCCGCUUUCGCAUGACGAUGCCUACGUUAUCUACGACUUGUCCGAAGCUUAUCAUACGGUCAGCGGUGCGGUUGCUGUAAACGACGUUAUGCACGAUGAAGAUGACCAUGAUAAUGGGGUUGCUUUGGUGUACAGGAUCUUUGGUGACGCCAAGUUGCUGUGGCAGUCAAAGCCGGUGUCUACAAUGUUCCGCAUGGAGCGUUUUGAAGUUAGUGUGAGAAACGUACGCAUGCUGGAGAUGAGGGUGUCUUGUCAAGGUUCUGAUCACCACGCACACGCCAUCUGGGUUGACCCUUGUUUGCAUCCCGUCGAAGAGUGGGCUUGCUCAAAGUGCAAUUUCGUUAACCUCGGAUCAGCAAAUGCAUGCGCGAUUUGCACGACUGGACAUCGCAACCAAGGCUUGAAAGUAGUGGAUUCUCCCACGAUCGAAGAGGCGUCAAAAAAGUCAAUGCCACAUGCAUUUGUUGAGGGUGGGCAUACCGCCCAUGAUUCGGAAUCGCUCUGUGAGCUUGGCACCACAAUAAUUGGGCAAAUCUACAACUUGUAUGAGCAUGGCUCGAAUUGUACUGCUACUGUGAAGCCUUCCAUCCAAUUUGAGGAGCCGUUUUGCCGCCAACCGAGCAAGGACGUGUUUUCCCUGUUGUUGGCUAUGCUCCGACGAUAUCAUGGGAGCUUCAUUCGUUGCGGGGUCGAUGCACGCUCGAGCGGCAACGCAAAGCGUAUGCAUGAUGGUUGUGUAUAUAUUUUGGGAAUAAUCUGUGCCAACUUGGAGAGUAUCACAUGCUACGAUGUGAACGAUCCUGCUGUAGAACUAGGCCUGUCAAUAGACUUACUUAUUGGCCUGCGAGACGAGCUGGAGGUACUGACACGACUUCGCGAAGCACCUCAAACUUUGACUGAUGAUAUCGAAAAGGCCGCCGCUCAGACUAUCGUGACAGGCUUACCCGUUUUGUAUCCUUCCGCGACCGGGAAGCUGGAAUUGCUGCUUCAACUGUUGCGACUGUAUGUUUCACGCGCAAUGGACGUUACUCCAGCGUGUUAUUUUGUCCUGACGUCAGUGAUGGAGUUGCUUGCCACUCCUGGUCCGGAUGGAAUAUUGACGCUGAUGCCAUUUGUGGCGGCUGAAGAAGCUAAGCGCAAAGGAUCGAGCGUUGACGAGGUCGACAAAGCGGCAUGGGUAUCAGCCGUGACGGAAACAAUUAAGAUCCUUAUGCAAAUUGCGGUAAACGCGCAAGAGCGAGAAUUUGCAGCUGACACGUACCCGAGCUCAAUCGAAGCAGAUGUAAGUCGUGACAGACUACCCGAUAUCGCGAUUCACCUUAUGAAGACUUACCAGCUUUACUUACUUUCGGAAGCUGUUGGACUGACGAAGGACACUACAAUCGAGAGAACUUUUGACAACAUUGGGGACGCGAACGAAUCAAAAGCAGCGUUCCAGCGAAGGCUGCAAGUCCAGGAAGCAAGCAUCCAGUUUGGACUUCUUUCAUUGAGCGCAUAUACUGAUCUAAUUAGCAGCAUUGUUUCCCUUCAGGCAGAAGAGUCAUUUAUUCUCCCCCGCGCGGCGGCGCUUUGUCGAGCCAGUGUUCGUUCGUUCAACAUCCCUUUGCUAUCGGAUAUGCUACCAUGGUUUGUAGCGUGUUUGUGCCUGAUGCGGCGCCAAACUUGGUUUGCCCGACAGAUACUCCCGGCAGUGGUACGACUUCUCGAAGUGCUGGAUCACUUUUGUUCGGAAUCGCAGGCUGUGGCGAAGUCGGCGCAUCGAUUUCAAGAGCUGGAAAUCUAUAAAAAGGCUCGACUCAUUGAAGCACAAGAAACCGAGCGCGCCAUUGCGCUAGAGAAAGACCUUAGUUGCCGGUCUCAUAAUUCUAAACGACUUUACAAUGUGUUUCGCCAGCUCUAUACCGGCGAGAAGGACCAUUUCGAAGGCCAGAUUGGGUUUCAGUUUGAAGCAGUAAGCUUCUUUACAAUUGUCGCGCUGGGACGCUCUGUCAAUCCGAUUCGACAUGGCGGGAGGCUAAUACGUGAUCACACAAUUCGAUUAUGGGAGGAUGAAUCGCAAGCUCUGGUCGCUCAAGUCACGAUCGGUGGAAAUUCCAAAAAGGACGCUUGCGGGUAUGUGUUCGAGAUGCUACCGCUUCCUGCUAAACUCACCCAAGGAAAGUUGUACCGAUUGACAACACAAGAGUUUGCAAAUGGCGGAGACCCAUGGUACAAACGAGAAAAUUUGCUUGAUGAAGAGUACGAUAAGUCUUUCAUCAAGAUUUUGCGGGACUGUUACGCGUCCGGGUCUGCGGGAUUCCCUGCGUCCCAAAACAUGAUUGGUGCUGCGUACGGCGUCCCGACGUUCCUGGUCCAAGAUGAAGCCCCCUUAGCCAGACUCCCGCUGUUUGUGCCUCCACACGGUUGUCUUUCGUUGCGAUUCGACCCAAAGAAGAAGCUGAGCUCGCUUUCCUUCAUGGAGUCCACUCUGUUGAUUUUUCUCUGA